AUGACUGAUAUUAAGUUACCACCAAUCCUAGAGCCGACGGAUGAAGACAUCCGACUCCUUCUGGCAGCAAAAUGUCAUUUGGGUUCGAAGAAUAUCAAUAAUCACAUGAAGGGAUACAUGUUCAGUCGUCGUCAAGAUGGAAUCUUUAUCAUCCACAUUGGCAAAUUAUGGGAAAAGUUAAUCCUGGCAGCUCGUGUACUGGCAACAGUUCAGACACCCGCUGAUAUCUAUGUCACUUCUUCUUCCGUUCACGGUCGUAGACCUGCAAAUAAGCUUGGUAACUUUAUUGGCGCCACUAGCAAUCUGGGACGUUUUACACCUGGUACAUUUACAAAGGCAAUUGUUGAACCGGAAGUUCUGGUCUGUUUAGACCCUCUUGUGGAUUAUCAAGCCAUCAGUGAAAGUAGUAAAUGUAAUGUACCCGUGAUUGCUUUUACAAAUUCGCAUUCUCCGCUCGGGUACGUGGAUAUCGCUAUUCCUUGUAACAAUCUUGGCUCACAAUCCAUCGGUGUAAUGUGCUGGCUACUUGCUCGAGCGGUACUCAGACUCCGAGGAUUAUUAAACUAUAAGGAACAAUGGGUAGUUAUGCCUGAUAUGUUCUUUUACAUGGAUGAAGAAGCAGACAGGGUUGUACAAGAAAAUGAAGAUUAUAGUGGCGGAUAUGACAAGAAUCAGACAGAUGGAGAGGGCACUUGGUCUGGUGACAAAGACUUUAGUACUUCUGGAUAUGAUGAUGGUGUCAAUUGGCAAAGCGAAGUACCUAAGGCGAGUGAUGGCUGGGGCGAUGGCGGCAAUAACGCGCCAAGCUUUACCACUCCGACUACUGCAUUUGGUUCAUCGGAUCAACUAAUUGACAUGCCUGUUUUCAAUACCAACGUUCCUGUAUUUGCGGAGGAGACUCCUGUCGAUUGGGCAGAUGAUGUUCCACAGGAACAUGUUGAAGUAACAUUGACCGACUCAACUGGAUGGGAUGAUAAUAUCACUACUAAUCAACAAUGGAAGGGACCUACUACAGCACCAUGGGGCGCUUAA